AUGGCAGUUAGUGUACAGUUAAUAACAUUAUGUAUAAUAUUAAUUGUACCAGAUCUUUAUGGUCAUACCACAACUCUUCAACCAAAAGGCAAUGAUACCAUCAAUAUAGCAUUUUUCUUACACAUCAGUAACCAUGGUGAAGGGAGGCGAUAUGGUGGUGCAUUUUUCAAAGCCUUGGAUGAAGUGAACAGCGAAUAUGACAAUUUGAACUUUACAUACACUUUUGGUGAUCCUAUGGGUCAAUCAUGGGUAGCUCUAAAACAUAUUGCAGAUCUUUAUUGUGAUAAGAGUACUUCUGCUUUAAUUGGACCAGAUGGGUAUUGUGCUUCAGCCGCUUUAGCAGCAAAAGCUUUUGAUUUACCAUAUAUUGCUUAUACUUGUCAUGAUGCUUUACCUGAAGAUCAAUACGGUGUUUAUACAUUUGUCAGUACAGAACCAUCAACUUACAAAGUUUCUAAGUUUAUUAUCUCGGUAUUUGAUCAGUUCAAAUGGAAUACUUUUACUAUAAUAAGUAGUCAUGAGCUAAAAUGGCGAGAUACAGCUCGAGGAUUAGAAGAUUUAGCAAUACUGAACAAUAUCCGUGUAAAUAAUAUAACCUACUCUUCAGAAAUCGACUUCUUUCACCCUUUAGCAACAAAGAACAAUCGUUUUGAUGAUGUUUUAAAAGAUACCUUACAGAAGACUAGAAUCUAUGUAUUUUUGGGAGAUUAUCAAGCUUUAAUAGAGUUUGCAAGAGAAAUGUAUGAUAAAUUAGGCGAGAAGAGAAAAGAUUAUGUAUUAAUUGGUGUUGAUGAUAGACAACCAGUUACUAACCACGAUGAAUAUUUUAUGCACAAUCCGUUAGAAUUGAAUAAAGUAACACCAACUAAGGAAUAUUUAGAUCCUUUCCGUAAUGUAUUAAUACUGACGUUAAGACCAACAACUAAUAAGAAUUGGACGAGUUUCUUGGAAUCAAUCCACGAGCGAAAUAAACUUCAUCCUAUCUAUUAUCCAAUACCACCCCCGUUUCUAAAAGAGAAAAUCCCUGAUAUACCUAUUAAAGUAGCCUACCUGUAUGAUGCUGUCAAGAUUUAUGCAAGAGCUCUAAAUGAAACGUUGGCUAGUGGUGGUGAUAUCACAAAUGCUUCACAAGUCAUCAGUAAACUUCGUGGUCGGUCAUAUAUAAGUAUUCAAGGUUUCUCUGUGUAUAUUGAUAAACAUGGUCAGAAUGAAGGUAAUUAUUCAUUGAUGGGUAUUAAGUUAGAGAAUGGACAAGCUGUUAGUCAAAUGAUUGCUGUAGCAGAUUUCGCCAGGUCAACUAAUAAUUCAAUACCGAUGAUGUUACCAAGUUCUAUAAAUGAAAUAAGUUGGUUAUCUGGAGGACCACCACCUAGUCAACCAGAAUGUGGAUUUCAGGGUGAAAAAUGUAACACGAAUUGGGAAUUGGUGGUAAUUGGAAGUGUUUUAGCAGCAGCUGUUAUAGUCCUGUUAGCGUUUGGUUUGGUCAUAUUGAGAGUCUCAAAAUAUUACCGUUAUGAAAAGAAGUUAGCCAGUUUAUUAUGGAAGAUUGAUAAAGAAGAUCUGAGAUUUGUAGAUUCUGUCAGAGAUUUCUAUUCACCCGCAAGACAAAGGAAGAAAGUUUAUAGUCCGUGGAAGUUUUUACUAUCUGGUGAUAAUGAGAGUGAUAAAAGAUCUUCAAUGAAAGCAAAACAAAGUAACACACAUGUUGGUUCAUACCGUGGUACCAUUGUAUUUAUUAAACAAGUUACCAGAAGAAAUUUAGAUGUAAAUAGAGAAAUGAAAAAACAGUUACAGUUACGGAAAGAAUUAAGCCAUGAUAAUAUUAACAGAUUUAUUGGUGCUUGUAUUGAAUUGCCUGAAGUGUAUAUAGUAACACAGUAUUGCCAGCGUGGUAGCCUACAGGAUAUAUUAGCCAAUGAAGAUUCAACAUUAGAUGACAUGUUUGUCAGUUCAUUAGUGGCAGAUCUAAUUAAGGGAAUGGUGUUUAUACAUGAUAGUAAUAUUAUAUCUCAUGGUAAUUUAAGAUCCAGUAAUUGUCUGGUUGAUAGUAGAUGGGUUUUACAGAUAUCAGAUUUCGGUCUGCCAUCAGUCUUUAAUCAACCUGCUAAUGCCAAAGAUGACAAUUAUUAUGAUAAAUUAUUAGUUAAAGCGCCAGAAAUAUUAAGAAAUCCCCAACAUCAUCACCCACGAGGCACACAAAAAGCUGAUGUUUAUGCCUUUGCCUUUAUUAUCUAUGAGAUGUAUGUGAGAAAGGGACCGUGGGGAGAUAUUAAUAUGGAUCCACCGGAAAUAGUACGACAGUUGAAAAUGGGCAGUAAAUUAAUACCAUUUAGACCUAAUACUCACCAAAUGACAUGUGAAUCAUAUAUAACCAAUUGUAUUCAAGACUGCUGGACAGAAGACCCAGAAAUGAGACCGGAUUUCAAAACUGUUAGAAACCGACUCAAACCAAUGCAUCAGGGAUUGAAAGCAAAUAUCUUUGAUAAUAUGAUAGCAAUGAUGGAGAAAUAUGCAAAUAAUUUGGAAGCCCUGGUAGCCGAGCGAACAGAACAACUAUCGGUGGAAAAGAAAAUGACGGAGAACCUACUGUUAAGAAUGCUACCACGACCAGUUGCAGAGCAAUUAAAACGAGGUAAUCCAGUAGUACCAGAACAAUAUGAAUGUGUCAGUAUUUAUUUUAGUGAUAUUGUUGGUUUUACAGCCCUCUCUGCAGCUAGUACUCCUAUGGAGGUUAUUGAUAUGUUAAAUGAUUUGUACAGUUUAUUUGAUUCUAUUAUUGAACAUUAUGAUGUAUAUAAAGUUGAAACUAUUGGUGAUGCCUAUGUUGUUGUUAGUGGAUUACCAAUUAGAAAUAAAGAUAAUCAUGCAGGCGAAAUAGCUUCAAUGUCCCUUAAUUUAUUGGCUGGAUUGAAAACGUUCCGAUUACGACAUCAGCCCGAUUCUUCAGUACGGAUUAGAAUCGGUAUUCACUCUGGACCAUGCUGUGCUGGUGUUGUUGGUCACAAAAUGCCGAGAUAUUGUUUAUUUGGUGAUACAGUCAAUACAGCGUCCAGAAUGGAAUCUACAGGAGAAGCAAUGAAAAUACACUGCAGUCAGGAAUUAAAGACUAUACUGGAUAAGUUAGGAGGGUAUUAUUUAGAGGAACGAGGCUAUAUAGCAAUGAAGGGAAAAGGUGAAAAAUUGACUUACUUUUUGGUGGGAGAAGACAAGAGCCACAGAAUUCGUAGAAUUUCAGUGGACCAAUUGUCUAAUGAUCGACCCAUUAGUGAUAAAAUGCCAGAAAUAGUCGAAAUCAUUUCCCCGAAUAAUGUUUUAUAUAAAAAUGGAGACGUUCGUAAAAACGCAUCUUCGCUGAAAGGAAUUGAAAGCAAAGAUUCGGAAGUGAAGUCAGAUUCGAAUAAUAUAAAUUCUAACUCAAAAGACUUCCCUAGUCGUGAAAUUGUUCGACGUCAUACAAUGAACUGUCCGUCGUUCCCGUCACGUGAUAGUUCACCAUGUGAUUCUCAGUGCAGCGAGUGUGAACAGAUAGCAUUUACAAUCAUUGAUGAUCCCAAUGAACGGAAGUGCCUCUUGAAAACAAACCCCGCCAAAAAGUGCCAAAAGUUAAAGAAACAUAACUCUGAAAUAGCUAGACCACCACCAACGUAUGAGGAAACUAAUAACAAAAAUGGUGCUCUUCCAGAAAGUUUAGUGUAG